GCCUUCCAGCGUGUAACAUGCAUGGAACCGAGCCUCUAGCGAGAUAAUUUUUUGAAAAAAAAAGAAAAAACGUCUAGUCUGUAGCAUUAUUUGUCAUCUCGCAGAACGUAUGCUGUGAGAUUGCAUGUCGAAACAAGGGCAUGGAGCGCUCCUGAUCUACAAGCACAGCCAUCCGUGCCUCAUCUAGGAUACGUUUUGAUGUCUGGAGGUCUGGCCAUGUCUCCCAGAGAAAAGGGAAUUCAAACCAAGGACAGUGUCAGCCUGCUACCCUGUUUCUAUUUCGUUGAGCUGCCUAUCCUGGUGUCAUCUAUGGUCAGCUUAUACUUCCUGGAGUGGACGGAUUUGUUCAAGCCAGUGAAGUCUGGCUUCAACUGUCAUGACCGCAGUCUCAGCCUGCCCUACAUCGACCCUAACCACGAGGUCAUCCCCCUGCUAAUGUUGCUUAGCCUGGCUUUUGCAGGACCUGCAAUCACGAUCAUGAUUGGCGAGGCCAUCCUGUUUUGUUGUCUAGCUCGAAGAAAAGGUGGCGCUGGAGCUGAGGCAAACAUCAAUGCAGCCGGCUGUAACUUCAACUCUUUCAUACGCAGAGCUAUACGUUUUGUUGGUGUUCAUGCUUUUGGUCUUUGUGCCACCGCCCUCAUCACAGACAUCCUCCAGCUGAUGACAGGCUACCCAGCCCCUUACUUCCUUACAGUGUGUAAACCCAACUAUACAACCCUAAAUAUCAGCUGUGAGCAGAAUCCUUACAUCAUGGAGGAUAUCUGCUCUGGGGCCGAUACAGCAGCUAUUAACCAGGGCAGAAAAUCAUUCCCAUCCCAACAUGCUACUUUAGCAUCUUUUGCUGCUGUCUAUGUUUCGAUGUACUUCAACAGCACUCUGACCGACUCAUCCAAAUUGCUCAAGCCCCUGCUGGUCUUUUCCUUUGUCAUCUGUGCCAUCAUUUGUGGUCUGACGCGGAUUAUUCAGUACAAGAACCAUGCUAUUGAUGUUUAUCUGGGAUUUCUGAUUGGCGGUGGAAUUGCUGUCUACCUGGGUCUGUACGCAGUUGGAAAUUUCCUCCCCAAUAAAGAAUCUAGCACUAGUCUCCCUCCACAGCCUCACUGCCCAUCCUGCUCUUUACCGCACAUUAGUCAAGAGGCAGUCCUUCAUCACCUGCAAAUGAAAGCCAGCAUAUCGGGUGAGCCUGGUAUUCCCACCUCCCAGUCCGAAGGCCUUCUCCAUCGGGGUCUUCCACAGCAAAAGGGUGACGAUAGCCUGAAGUGCCCUGGCAGAGAUGCGGAUGGAAUCUCACCCCACAGCCCACGCAGCAAAGAGACCAUUGUGACCUUUAGCCACACCCUCCCUCGUGUUCACACUCCGCAGGCCAUCGCAGCAUACGAGGAAGCAGCCAGACGUCACGCCGCCACCCUUCACCAUGCUUCCAUGGAUUCUAGCCGUUCCAAGCAGCUUUUGUCACAGUGGAAGAGUAAAAACAACCACAAAUGUACUCUUCAGGUACCUGACUGUUUCCCACCAACAGCAGACUUAUCUGUACAAGCCGCUCAGCAUCCUCAUCACCAUGGCAGUAUGGAAGUCCGAUCCAGCUCUGAACCAUCGGCUAUGGGUUUGGACGCAAGCUUUGAAGCUCACGCAUAUUUAUCCAAACUGGCCACGGGAGCAAGCACCACUUUGCCAAGUAAUUGCAGUGGCAUUACCGGAGGAGCAAGAAUGUUAAUGCAAUCUCGACCUGGGUCUUCACAACUGGUCCACAUUCCAGAAGAAUCACAUGAAAAUUACCAUAAUACCUCCCCAAAAACAGUUGGAGGAGGGAUUGAUGGUGUUUCUUCAGCAGAUGGCACAGUUCAGGCUAACUGGCAAAGAGUUGCUGAAAAGACUGCAAUUUGCAGGACUAAUGACGAAGGGAAGAAAACCCAACCACGUAUCAUGCAGGUGAUCGCUAUGUCCAAGCAGCAGGGUUUGCUUCAGACCCAUUCCAAAAGUUUGGAUGAGAGCAGCACUGUAGCAAGUUCCCAGGGCUUGGCUCACUACAGGGCUCUUACGACUGAAAAGGAGCCUAGUAGCACUACAGGACCGAGCUCCUUGGGCAGCACCACAGGCAGUAUUUCAGGCAGCACCGGCGCAAUUGUCAGAAUAGAAGCACACCCUGAAAACAACAAACCGGUUAUCCAGGCUCCUUCCACCGAUGGAAGUGGAUCGUGGCGGUGGCGAUCUCUGGAUCAUGGCAACGGAGCUGUUGUCGGGCACGGUAGUACAGGAGGUGGGAGUUUGAGGCAAUCCUUCGAUCUCAAUGAUCUUAACAGAGACUCUGAAAGCUCAGACUCGAUACGAGAAGGGUCUAUUGACAGGAAGCGUGCUUAUCACGUCACUACCGCCUCUGUCACACCGCCCACAGUUACUGUUCAUACAAGCCAACCAGAGCAGAAGCACCAUAAUCAGAGCCUCUCUACAAUAAGGGUCACUCCGGGGGAUGUUAGCGGAGCCGGAUCUGGCAGCGGCGACGCAGCUUCAGAAAUUCCUUCAGUCGCCUCCAGUCGGGAAUCCACCCUGCGGCGAAAAGGUCAUAAUGUCAUCUUGAUUCCAGAGCGAGGAAACAGCCCCGAUAUCACCCGAAAUGUUUUCUACAAGGGAGCAUCCAUACCUAAUAAGGAAUAAUGCACGGAAUAACUGUCGGCUCUAGGGCCAUGUGUGACCACUGAGCAACAAUCUUGAUUUUCAAGGGGCUUUCACACUAGCACCCGUUAUUUUGUUUUAAUCAAACUCUAUUUCAUUCGCCCACUCGGUGCAGUGUGGAAGCAUAUUAACCAAAUUCGGGUAAAAUCAGCCGGUACGUGUUCUCGGUAUGGCUCCCAACCGUUGUAGUACUGUUGUGACAAUCUACCUUGAGCUUUUCCGUCUGACAAAGGAAAACAUCAUCAAACCUGAUGUAACUACAGCUAGUCCAACAGUUGACUGUAUGAAUCCACCUUCGGUUUGGCGUACAUGUGGUUGGUAUGUCAUCAUUCAAGCAACAUGUUAACAAGGAUAAGUUGAAUACUUUAGCCUGGUAGAUUGUGAAGUCAUGAGCAAAGGACAAUUUUGCUUCAUGAUGUGUAAGUCGACGCUUUGCGUUCACGAGUCUAACCAGCAGACAGUCUUCCUGUCUACAUUCUUGCACCAUUCGAUAAACAAUAAAAGACUAAAGCAAUGUCAUAUUGUUCAUCGAGAAGCAUAGUAGGAAGAAAAAUUUCAGCUUCUGUAACACCCUCAGAGAUGCCACCACACGUAUUACACAACAAUAUAUACAUCAUCAAAAAAAUUAUUUAUGUAGCAUGAGAUUUUUGUAAAUGUUAACUAAAGCACAACCUUUUAAGUGUUGACAAUUAAUCACUGUGUACUUUGUAGCCACUACGGACACUUAUUUUACUAUGUGUGAUUUACUAGUGGUGUCAAUGGAAUUUUUUGAAAACUGCUCUGUUUGUUUUCGAUACGAACCAUAACAAGACAGUGGAGAAGAAUACAUUCUUUUCAGAAUUUGAAUACUGCGAAGAAAUUUCGAUGUUUGUGAGAGCCGUUUACGUUCCUGCACUGUAAUUUCAGUGUGUUUUCAAGAAGGGUGCUAUACCAGAAAAUAGUAUUAUCCUAGAAAAUACAGUUUCAUCAAAAUCUAUGUAAAAACAACUAUGGCAUCAUAUGUGAGAAAAAUCAGUUUUAUAUUUUGGCUCUUUAUGUGGAUAAACACUGGAAGGAAAACUGAUUUUGAACCAUAAGUGUGCUUAGUAUACCUUCUGUAGCUUUGAAGUCAAAUAAGCUGUCACUUGCACUGAAAGUGGUUACUAUUUCUUGUACUACUGUAUAUGCUGUUUAAAACCAUAUCAUUAUAUCCCGUGCAUUAGUAUCGCAGAUUAAUUUUUCAGGAAAGAAAAUAUUAUUUAUCCCAUAUCGUACUUUAUUACACUAUAUUUGAAUAUUUUCUGGUAUCAGCCACACAGUUCCAUCUGAAAGUCACUUUGCGUGUACGGGCAUUGUAUGUGGACAAUAUUAAGGUCAGUCAAAAAAUUAUUAUUAUUCUUCAAAAUAAAUCCAAACUUUUUUUUUUUCAGUUAGCAGAAAAUGUUUCAGGGUGCCUUUUCUUAAAAGAAGACAAAGAAAUAACUAUGUACACAGCGUUUGUUACUUUAGAAAUCGAAUUGAUUUUCUGUAGCUUACAUUUACAAAUGCAAUAUUAAAUCUCAUUAACAGUUAUGUAUGACUACCCAGCGCUAUUGUAGAUUUUGGUAUACACUGUCCAAUAAAAAUGUGUUAUGUGAGAUGUACUGUAAGUGAAAUAUACAGUGGUAAGAAAAAGUAUCUGAACCUUUUGGUAUUUCUCACAUUUCUGCAUAAAAUUACCAUCAAAUGUGAUUUGAUCUUUGUCAAAAUCACACAGGCGUAAAAAUCGUGUCUGCUUUAACUAAAACCACCCAAACAUUCAUAGGUUUUCAUAUUUUAAUGAGGAUAGUAUGUAAACAAUGGCACAAUGGGGAAAAAUAAGUGAACUCUCUGCCUAAGGAGACUUAAAGAGCAAUUGAAACCACUUUUUUACCUAUUUAAGUCAGGUGUGUGUCCAAUCACUGUUGAAUGGUUUAAAGCUGCCCUGCCCACUAUAAAACACACACCUGGUAAGAAUUGUUUUGAUGAGAAGCAUUGUCUAAUAUGCAUCAUGGCUCGGUCAAAAGAGCUGUCUGAAGACCUGCAAUCAAGGAUUGUUGAUUUGUAUAAAGUUGGCAAAGGACACAAAACCAUUUCUAAAAGUAUGGAUGUUCAUCAAUCGACAGUCAGAGAAGUUGUCUACAAAUGGAGAGAGUUUGGCACUGUUGCUUCUCUCCCAAGGAGUGGCCGUCCACCAUAGAUGACGCCAAAAGUUCAGCGCAGAAUACUCAGAGGUAAAAAAAGAACCAUAGUGUCUGCUAAAGACACAGAAAUCACUGGCACAGUCUAAUAUCUCUGUGCACACAUAAACUAUACGUAAAACUAUGGCCAAUAAUGGUGUCCAUGGAACAUGGUCCAUGCCACUGAUGUCUAAAAAAAACAUUGUUGCUCGUUUAACACGAGGAGACCCAUGGGUUUUGGUGCUCCCUAAUGUUGCCAAUGGUGUCCCUUUUUGGGACGUUAGUCCAAUGGGUUUUGGUGCUCCCUAAUGUUGCCAAUGGUGUCCCUUUUUGGGACGUGCAAACUGUCGACUCCAAUGGUGACAUUAAUGAUCGCAAAUAGGCACUCUGACACUCCACAGAAGUUUUGGCAAAAUAUUUUGUGGACUGAUGAAACCAAAGUUGAAUUGUUUGGGGGUAACACACAACAUCAUGUGUGGAGGAAACAUGGAACAGCUUACCAACAUCAACACCUAAUCCCCACCGUGAAGCAUGGGGGAAGGAGCAUCAUGACAACCUGCAAUAAUUAAUGGAAGAAUAAAUUCCAACGUUUAUCAGGAUGUUUUGCAGGGAAACCUGAGGCUGUCUGUCAGACAGUUAAAACUAAUAAGAGAAUGGAUGCUGCAACAAGACAAUGAUCCAAAACACAGAAGUAAAUCAACUUCAGAAUGGUUUCAGAAAAACAAAAUACACAUUCUGGAGUGGCCAAGUCAAAGUCCAGACUUGAAGCCCAUUAAGAUGCUGUGGCAUGACCUAAAGACAGCGAUUUGUGCCAGACAUCCCAGGAAUCUAACUGAACUACAGCAGUUUUGUAGAGAAGAAUGGGCCAAAAUUAGUCCUGAUCGAUGUGCCAGACUGAUCUGCAGCUACAGGAAGCAUCUGGUUGAAGUUAUUGCUGCGAAGGGGGAGGGCACAAAAUAUUAAAUGUGAUGGUUCACAUACUUAUUUUACCCCCUUCUGUCAUUGUUUGCAUACUAUCCUCAAUAAAAUAUGAAAACCCAUAAAUGUUUGGGUGGUUUUGGUUAAAGCAGACACUGUUUUUUCAUCUGUGUGAUUUUGACAAAGAUUAGAUCACAUUUGAGAGUGAUUUUAUGCAGAAAUUUGAGAAAUUCCAAAAGAUUCAGAUACUUUUUCAUACCACUGUAGUACCAGCAAAUCAAGUGAAGACAGAAAAACAAUCAUUCGUAGAUAUACUUUGGGUUAUUUAUUUUGCUAGAUUAGCAUUAGCCAGGCAAAAAUUAGCCACAAUUAUUCCAUAAGCUUCCUAUCUUCCUAGCUUUUCCAUUAAGCACAUCAAGGAACCAAAUGAGAAAUUUGAUUAUAACUACCCUGAAUAUAGAAAGUAGGAGGAUCAAGUAUGGAAUAGACCUAUUUUAGAAAACCCAUAAUGACUACACUGGAAGCCUGCCUAACAAAUUGUGAGCAAAUAUGUUCUUGAGCUGUGGUGUUUUUAAUAUGCAUAUUUUUGGUGUGUUGACAUGUUGGUGUGCCUGUAUUCUUCUUUUAAGGCUGUCUUCAUUUGGACAUAUGACUGAUUACAUUGUUAAGGCUACUGACCAAUGUGUAGGACAAUGAAAGUGUUGCUUUGCUGGAUAGUACUGUGAAAGGAAUAAAACUUAUGACAUUCCAGUGAAUCAAUCCAAUGUUUAGUGAAACCAUUUGCCGGAGUGUGUAAUAAUACAUCCAAAGACAGGAUUUCUCAUGUUUUCUCAAUGUUGAAAAGGUUCAAAAAGACAGUAGCAAGCCUAUCAUAUUGUGUAUUAUUUUACGCUCAAAUAUUUGCAUGGUAUAUUCUGCACAUCAUUCAUCAAUGUUCUAUAUUUUCGUAGUGCAAUAUGAUUCAUUUCUGGUAGCAGGUUUUCUUACUGUUGAACUGACUCUUGUUGUUUUCCUCAAAUUUGUUUUGGUUUUUGUAUUGACCAUGUAUGCACAAUGAACACAGAUUUUGACUGUUUGAAAAUGGUAAAAUAGAACACUUUUAGAUGUUUGUACAAAUUUAAAUUUACAGUAUUUUUAACUAGGGGCCUUAUCUAGCAGCCCUUUUUGUCUUGGUGUAACCAGAUUCAAGAGAAUUAUGUUAAGAAUUAUGACACUUUUGGUUUUGUCAAAAACAAAACGUGUUAUCAGAGGUGGGUAGUAACAUGUUACAUUUACUCCGUUACAUUUACUUGGGUAACUAUUGAGAAAAAUGUACUUCUAAGAGAAGUUUUACUAACACAUACUUUUUACUUGAGUAGAUUUGUGAAGAAGAAACUCUACUCUUACUCAGUUACUUUGGGCUACACUCGUCGUUACAUUUUUUCCUUUUUAAUCUACAUAUUAGAUACGUAUCAGACUAUGAUCACGCCGGCCUGUUAGAUUACGUGGUGUCUUUAGAGCGUCGUAAAAAAUUAACUCUUUGACAUAGAGAGCCGCCGUAAACCUGACUCAAAAGCAUGGAUUUUAAUCUCCAAGGUUUUAUUUUGCACCGAUUGACCACGGAAAACCGGAGAGAUGAUCUUUUUAGUUUCAUAAUAGGAUAAUAAUAAGAUUCAUAAUAGGAUGUUUUCUCCACUAGUGGGCACUCAUGCUGUUUGAAUGAAUAAUACUUAAUUUCUGUAGAUUUUACUCUCUCACUGGAAUUUGAUGUCUUUUGUUUUGAUUUUGAAUUUCUUUGGUUGAAUGUGGUUAUAUAAUAUGUUAUAUUACAAUAUAAUAAUAACAGUUCAUAUAGAUAACUUUGUGCUCAGAAAAAUAAAUAUCCUUCAUAUAUAUAUAUUUUUUAAAUCAAACAUAUUAAGCAGUUACUCACAAUGUUACUCAUUACAUUCUUUUUACAAAAUACUUUUUUACUUGUACUUGAGUACAUUUUUGGGAUUACUACUUUUACUUGAGUAAUAUUAAUUUGGAAUAAUGCUACUCUUACUUAAGUUUUUGGCUACUCUACCCACCUCUGUAACAUCAAUUGAAUGUUGUCAGAACUUCCAACAUUUUGAUUUAAGUCUCCUGAAACUUGCGUUAUUCAAAUACUAUAUUAUUUGUGUGCCAUAACAGAUGGUUUCUGUAUAUUGUUUUUUUUUUUUUUUUUUUUUUU